AUGUCAAUGCUAAGGCCCGACGCUCAGUCGACGACCGUAGGUUGGGCGGGCCGAGUUUCUUCUACGGGAACUCCAUCCCCUUCCUGCUCGCCCCUCUCGUCCAUCGUCUCCCUCUCGCCGCAGGCGAAGGAAAAGCUGCCACACGUCCCUUUCUUGAUCAACGAUGGGGGAGAAUCAGACGUAGAAUCAUGGGCGGGCUCCGCCGGGGCUUUGUCUUCUCCUCGCCACAGUCGUCUAUCGACACCCUCGGACAAUGGCACCGAAACACGUCCAGAAGUCGUGAGGUUACCGUGCUUUAAUGAUAUCGUCCGGUUUGCCGGCGGUAUCCCCUCACACUCUACUUCAGCCCCAGCACCCUCCUCAGCAUCUUGGAACUGGCCUCCCACCCAUCAGGGUCAUCACCAACGGCCCCAGCUCCCGCCCCCUCCUACCAUUCCCGUAGCGCCACACAGGCAUAUGCCUCCCCUCACAGAUCCCAUCCACGGGCACAAGAAGACGCGGAAGCCGCCAACGAACCCGACGGGUCUGCCUCGCACAAACCGCAAGUACACGCAGGAGCAGAUCGAUUUCGUUCUCUACCUUCGUGUCGACCGAAAGAUGAACUGGCAGGAUGUCACCCCGGCGUACAUUCGCCAGUUCCCUCAGGAGGCUGGACGGACCACGCCUGGUCUGCAGGGCAGCUUUUACCGAGAGAACCUGGCCAUGCCCGUCAUCGAUGUUAAUGGGGAUCUGGUCUUCGAUGAGAACGGCGAGCAGGUCGUGCAGGUCUCGAAGGUCAGGGAGCAGCCGAAGAAGAUUGGGCUUCUGGACCGGUAUCCUGAGCGAGCGAUAGAUUAUCCUUGGGUGGACUACAAGGACAAAACCCGCGUUUGGAACAGGGGCAAGCGAUAUCAACAGCAACUCGCGGCGGCGAAGUUACGGCAACAAAGGCGGCAAGCUUUCACCUGA